AUGGAGUGCCGAAAUGCUACCAAUGCUAGGCUUGCGAAGGCCGAAAACGGACAUGCGAUUACAGUGCUCCUUGUAGCUUCCUACCUUGGAGUCUUUGGUCUCCAUGCAAUGCCACAUGCGAGUCUCCCAUUGGCACCCGAAGAAGCACCUCAGUGUGCAUAUCUGUGGAGGGAUCAGCCUGGAGGCAUGGAAAGCGCCUUGAAGGAAGUCGAAGAGUGUCGCAUAUCUUCAGAAGCCUGCGAUCCGGUUACAAUCUGUGGUGAAGGAACUAAACAAGGUUACCCAUGCGGUAAACCCAUGAAACGAUACUAUUACAGCGCAAUCGAUCACAAAUGUUUGGAAUUUGAGUAUCUGGGAUGCAAAGGUGGUCGCAAUAUGUUUGAAACAAAAGAGCAGUGUGAAAAUAUUUGCAUUCCUGCGGUGGAGGCUCUGCCGGCUUGGCGUCGUGAAAGAAUGGGUCUACUGCAAUUCAAGACAUCUCAACUCUUUACUUCCGCUGCAGAUAAAAACGAGGGGGAGUUAAAGCAAGAUCCAGCCUGUUUCUACGAGGUGAAUACGGGCCACGAGUGUGAUUCGCCCAAGGAAAUCGGUAGCUUUUGGUAUUAUUAUCCUCGCAAAAACAUCUGCAGUGAUUUCUUCUAUCUUGGUUGUGGAGGAACACCUAAUCGUUUUCCUAACCAUACAGCCUGUAUGGCAGCCUGCAUGCCAAACGAACUUCGCCAAUCCCAAAUAUUGGCUAAGGUCAGAUCAAACACGGGAUCCACUGGUACAAAUGAACCUGGAGAUUCGGGUAUGCCUGAUGGUCUUGAGGUUGCAGUGAGUCCUAAACAAGACUGUCGAGUGACUCCUUGGGGUGGUUGGGGACCAUGCUCAACUCGUUGUGCUAGUCAAGUCGGAUACCAAUACCGUUUGCGGGCUAUUAAAAGACCCGCUAGAUAUGGUGGCGAGGGUUGUGGACCACUCUAUGAAAAACGCGAUUGCUAUGGUGAUGACAAAUCGUGCUAA